AUGGACUAUGAAAAACGUACGUGGCUUUAUUUAAAAAAUGAAUUCUUUUGGGUGGGUGAUAGUAAAAAUGAAACACUUCAUAUCGGCUUGAUUAGCGACAAUCAAGCUGGUGUUCGUGCCUUCAUGGGUAUCUUACAUUCUCUUGUCAAUCUUCCAGCAUCGUAUCCUUCACAAUAUCUAACACGCUCCAGUGCCAAAGUCUUUCCACACUAUCUCAUUCAUGUUGGUGAUGCAGUACAAUCUUAUGACUCUCUAGACGAGUGGCAAACUGAAUUUGCCGAUCCUCUGUCUUACGCGUGGAGUAGUGGACAAGGAAAUUCUCCACCACCAAUACUCUAUGCUCACGGUAAUCAUGAUCAAGAUAUAAACAGUCGAUACAUAUACACAACGGGAGAACGGCAAGGUAAAAAUUGGUUCAGUACAACUCUUGGUGCAGCUCAUUUAGUCGUACUCGACUCGCAACCACUAGCUCAGGCUGAAACUCAACUCGACUGGCUCCGUCGAGAAACUCAUAUGGAGGCAUGGAUGCAGGCUUCAUUUCGUAUUGCCAUUGUUCACAUUGCACCUUUCAUCGAAUAUUGGGAUCCACGUGCUUGGGAAGAACUUGGUGAGAAAUACUGGGGAAAGUAUGUGCAAACGAAACUAGUACCGAUUCUCAUGGAUAGUGGGGUUGAUUUAAUUAUCAGUGGACAUCAACAUAUCUACUCACGAGGAUGGAUGUCGAAUGAAGUGGGCAAAGAACUUAUCAAAGAUGAGUUUGACAUCAGUAUGAAUAGCAGUGACAAGCGUCAACGUGUGCGUGUGAUAGCGAAUAGUUGGAAGCAAAAUCGUGUUUUACAAGGCAAGGACAAUUUAACUUACUAUAUCGAUCAUCUUCAAAAAGGUGCGAUGAUGACAGUGAUCGGUGGAGCUGGAGGUGAGCUUGAUUCAAAACAAGUAGAAGACUGGGGCUUCUAUGAGAAGACCGUUCUCGGACAACAUCACUUUGCAAUGAUCACGCUGAAUAAUGAAGAGUCUCGCUUGAUAUGGAGAGCGUACGAUGCGAAUAGCCAGUUAAUAGAUAAAUUUGAUCUCAUACGAUAA